CCGGCAUUUAUUUUUACUUUUUUUUCAAAGUUAAACUUCACAUUUUGAACUAAUUGAAUAUCACGUGUGAGGAUCUUUGCUUCUCACCUCAUGGGGCUGUGGAUUGUGGUGCUCACUUCAGUGCUGGGAGUCCUCCUUGUUCAAGGAGUGCCGCAGAUCUCGAUAGAGGACUGCUGCAAAGACGGCCAAAACCGCGGCAACGAUAACCAAGCCUGUUCCACCCUGCCGCUCAUCUCCGAGUCCCCGACGUGCAGGACGGUGCAAGAGCAAUGCUGCGUCGCAGUGCUCGAAGACAACAUGUGCACCACUGGCAUUACGGUGGCCAAAGAGCAAGGAGCAUGUGAUUCCUUGUUCUCCAACACCUGUGAGACCAAGACCACCAAGAUGUGCUGCGACUGCUGCCUCCUGGGGAAGACAGGCCAGGAGCAGGGUCUUCCUUGUGACCACAGCCUGUCUUUAGGCUACCAGUGCGGCCUGGUGUACCGUGCCUGCUGCGUGGAUGGAGUGCCCGACAAUCAGACGGCGCCCGCAGGACAGACCGAACUGCCAAACAAAGACGGAACACCGGAAACCGGAGGCAACUCAGUAUUAAGUGAUGAGUGUAACGGUAAAUGUGCUCAUAAUUGUGUGAGUAAUGAUACCUGCGGUUGCUUCAAAGGCUACAAACUGAAGCCGGAUGGAAAGAACUGUGAGGACAUCAACGAGUGUUUGCUGGGCGCCAGCAACUGCCGAUUGGGCGAGCGCUGCAUCAACACCGAGGGUUCGUUCCGCUGCCAGCGAGAGGUCAGCUGCGGAACCGGCUAUGAACUGACGGACGCCAACAACUGCAAAGACAUUGACGAGUGCGAGACCAACAUCCACAACUGCGGUCGAGAGCUUGAAUGCCAAAACACCCAGGGGUCAUUCCGUUGUCUCCCCAAGGUCAAAUGCGGUGCUGGUUUUAUUCAGGAUGCACUGGGAAACUGCAUUGAUAUCAAUGAAUGUGUGAGCCAGACGGGCCCGUGCCAAAGGGGGCAGCUAUGCAUCAACACAGUGGGCUCGUAUACGUGCCAGAGGAACUCCGUCAACUGCGGAAGGGGCUACCACCUCAAUGACGACAGCACACGCUGCGUUGACAUUGAUGAGUGCAAAGGUCCCGAAACGGUGUGCGCGGGUCACGGCUGCAUCAACACAAUGGGUUCCUACCACUGCCAGUGCGACAACGGCUACAACUUCAACAGCAUCAGUCGCCUGUGUGAAGAUCUGAACGAAUGCAGGCACUUCCCCGGACGCCUCUGUGCACACAAGUGUGACAACACGCCGGGGUCCUAUAAGUGCAGCUGCACCACUGGCUUCAAGCUGUCCAGGGAUAACAGGAACUGUGAUGAUUUAAACGAGUGCGAGAGUAACCCGUGCAGCCAAGAAUGCGCCAACGUGUAUGGCUCGUACCAGUGCUACUGUCGCCGCGGUUACCAGCUCAGCGACACAGACGGCGUGACGUGCGAAGACAUAGACGAAUGCGCCCUGCCUACUGGGGGGCACAUCUGCUCCUACCGUUGCCACAACACGCCCGGAAGCUUCCAUUGUUCCUGCCCCGUUAGCGGCUACACCUUAGCACCCAAUGGACGCAGCUGCCAAGACAUUGAUGAAUGUAUGGCAGGGACGCACACGUGCGCAGAGAACCAGAGUUGUUUCAAUGUGCAGGGCGGAUUCCGUUGCCUGUCCUUUGAUUGUCCGAGCAACUACCGCAAGGUUGGGGAAACAUCGUCACGGCUCGAACGUUCCGACCCCAUACGAUGCAUCAAGUCCUGCCAGCCCAAUGACGUUGCCUGCAUCCUGGAUGGCACGCACUCCGUGUCCCACACCUUCAUCUCUCUGCCCACCUUCAGAGAGUUUACGAGGCCCGAAGAGAUUGUUUUCCUAAGAACCACCGUGCCGGCUUACGGCUCGUACCGCUUGGGCAGCUACGACGUCAAGUUCACCAUCCUCGAGGGCAACGUGGACAACGCCUUUGACGUCAUCAAGCGCGUGGAGAACGGACUUUAUGUGGGUGUCGUCCGGCAGGUGAAGUCGCUGACUGGCCCGUUGACGACGAUACUCAAGCUGUCCAUGCGCAACUUGACAGUCCAGGGUGACUCGGGUCAGAACAUCAUCAACGUUUACGUCUUUGUGUCGGAGUUCUGGUUCUGAAAGUUCCCCUCCCUCAGCUGAUUUGCUGUCAACACCGAAUACAUUGCUAAUGCUACACGUACCGAUGCUUAGGUCAGUGUUGGGGCGGAGGGGGAGUUUCGAGCUUUUAAGUACUUGUGACAGUUUCUGAGUUGAAACGCUUCCAGCAGCCACGCUUUGGUUUGAUGACACGCUCAGCCUGAGUCGCACUUCUGUGUUGCAUCUCGCAAAACUGAGCGACGGAACACGAGAGUCGAUGCUAUCGAAAUGAAACGGGAGUCUUCUCAAGGGAGAUAUCCAGAACAGAAAACAAAACAAAACAAAAACAGAAAGUGCAUGUCUUUGAAAGGCUGCUAAUGUGACAUUACACGCUAACAUUCACUUUUCGUUUUGAUGCAUUUGUCUUUUUUUUUUAAACUAAAGAAUAAACACUAUUUUACAUACA